AUGGAGUGCACCGCCUGCUCUGCUAGAGUGCUCAGAACCUUCGUUCGGGCGCUCUUUGGAUCUGAUGUGGUGGCAUCAGCGCGCCCGUCAAACUUACGCUACCUGCGGCGACCUGAUACUCGAUUCUUCGGCACGCAAUCAUCUCUACGAUUCCGUCAGUCCGCUGUACGCCAGCAGCAAGAUGCAAGCAGUAUUGCUAGCAUACCAGAAUCAAGCCCAAGCGCUGUCUCUCCUUCUGCUCAGGAAAAACACGUGGUCCAGGAGGCAGUGCCCGCUACUGAGGAUCAAGCACCACCUGCCGCAUCUACCGUGAAUGCAGAGAAACCGCACUCAAAUAAGCCGGUUACCUCCGCAUCCACGCAAUCGAAACCUGCGCGGCCAAAGGUCCGGCUUUCCGGCCCUCGGAAAGUCGCGAAACCCGCCCCAGCGCCCCUCCCAAAACCCAAGAAGGAACGCUGGCAGAUCGAGAAAGCCGCCCUCGAGCGCAAACUCGACUCCCAGGCCUGGAACCCGCGCAAGCGCCUCUCCCCCGACACGCUAGACGGCAUCCGCAACCUGCACAUGACCGACCCGGCCAGAUUCACCACGCCCGUGCUCGCCGAGCAGUUCAAAGUCUCUCCCGACGCCAUACGGCGGAUCCUCAAGAGCAAGUGGCGGCCCAACGAGGAUGAGCACGAUGACAGGAUGAAGCGGUGGAACAAGCGCGGCGAGCGCAUCUGGACGAACAUGGUGGAGCUGGGGACGAAGCCGCCGAAGAAGUGGAGGGAGAUGGGCGUGGGGAGGGCGGCGCCGGGGGAGGCGCCGAAGUGGAAGCCCAGGGGGAAGCCGAGUUCGCUGAGGAGUAGGGAGGAGGAGGAUAUACCGUGGGAUACGGGUGAUUUGGUGCAGCAGGCUAGGCUGCCUACGCAUACUACGCAGCAGGACUCGUUCCUAGUGGACAGAAUUGUGUAG